AUGGCGCUGAAAGCAAAGAAGGAAGCUGCUGCUUCUCCCAAAACCAAAGCCAAAGAAAAGGCCUUGGAAGCUAAGAAGGCAGUGCUGAAAGGCGUCCACAGCCACAAAAAGAAGAUCUACAUGUCACCCACCCUCCAGGGGCCAAAGACCCUGCAGCUCCAGAGGCAGCCCACAUACCCUCAAAAAAGCACACCCAGGAGAAACAAGCGUGAUCACUGUGCCAUUAUCAAAUUCCCCCUGACUACUGAGUCAGCCAUGAAGAAAAUUGAGGACAACAACACACCGGUGUUCAUUGUGGAUGUCAAGGCCAGAAAGCACCAGAUCAAACAGGCCGUGAAGAAACUCUGUGACAUCGCUGUGGCCAAAGUCAACACCCUGAUAAGGCCUGAUGGAGAAGAAGGCGUAUGUUCAAUUGCUCCUGAUUAUGAUGCUCUGAACGUUGCCAACAACCUGGGAUCAUCUACACUGAGUCCAGCUGGCUAA